CUGUACCUUUGACGUGUAUAAGAAUGCACGUCAAAGUUUUAAAAAAAAAUCAAUAGGUAUAAUGUUAUAUCAUUGGAUAACUUCAGUUUACACGCAGGUGGAGCCACCCAUAGGAGGAAACAAAACUUUGCUAUAAUAGCAUAACGACUGCAGUAUUUUCAGUACUACUCUGUAGGUGACAACAUGUUGAGGUCCAACGAAUCCCGAGCAGAGAAGGUGUUCAGAGGGACGUUCGUGCACUCUACACAGAAUGAAGCGGUACAGAUUCUGGAAGACACUGUCUUGGGUGUCGACAAAGAGGGAAAGAUUUCCUUCCUUGGGCGGGCUGAUGAAGUGAAGCAGCUUUCUCAGACGUGGGAAUUCCAGUUAUCGGACAUCAGACAACUCAAACAAGGGGAGUUCUUCAUGCCCGGGAUGGUCGAUACCCAUAUUCAUGCACCACAGUACAGCUACGCAGGGACUGCUCUUGAUCUGCCUCUCCUGCAGUGGCUAAACAAGUACACCUUCCCAGUUGAAAAGCAGUACAGAAACGCCAAGUUUGCAGAAGACACUUACACUAAAGUUGUGAAAAGAACCCUGAAAAAUGGCACAACUACUGCUUGUUACUUUGCAACCAUUCACACUGAUACAUCUUUGCUGCUUGGAGAAAUUGCAGAUAGGUUUGGGCAGAGAGCUCUGGUGGGUAAAGUCUGUAUGGACAGGAAUGAAGCGGUGAUUGACUACAAAGAGAGCACAAAAGAGUCUGUGGAGGAAACUAAACGGUUUAUUUAUGAGCUUUUAAAAAGGAAGUAUCCACAGGUAAAGCCCAUCAUCACUCCACGCUUUGCACCUUCAUGUUCUGAAGAACUCCUGCACAGUCUGGGUCAGAUAGCAAAGAGCAAUGACUUGCACAUUCAGAGUCACAUUAGUGAAAACAGAGAAGAGGUGGCACUGGUAAAAAAUAUGUUUCCUGCCUGCAGCUCGUACACAGAUGUGUACAGGGAGUACAACCUUCUGACGAGCAAAACAGUGAUGGCACAUGGCUGUCAUCUCACUGAUAAGGAGCUUGAGAUGUUUAAAACCAGUGGCGCUGCAAUUUCUCACUGUCCCAAUUCCAAUAUCUCGCUUUGCAGUGGGAUGUUAGAUGUCCGUCGAGUUCUGAAACAUAAUGUGAAACUGGGACUAGGCACAGAUGUUGCUGGUGGUUACUCACCCUCAAUGCUUGACGCUAUCAGAAGAGCUCUUGAUACAUCCAAAGCACUCAAGAUCCAAAACCCUGGAUAUGAAACUGUCUCCUACAAGGAAUUCUUCAGGCUGUCUACUCUAGGGGGAAGUCAAGCCUUGUCUUUGGAUGACACAAUUGGAAAUUUUGAAGUGGGCAAGGAUUUUGAUGCUGUUCUAAUCAGCCCAUCAGUUCCAGACAGUCCUUUUGAUGUUUUUGAAAGUGACACAACAGAGAACAUUCUGGAAAAGUUCCUGAAUUUAGGUGAUGACAGAAAUAUCGUGGAAGUUUAUGUGGCCGGAAACAGAGUGGUUCCUUUUGAAAAGUCUGCUUGAGUUACUGCCUUCUCUAUAAAGUAUUCUCUUUUUGCUUGGUGUUUCUUUGUAUGCAGAAAAACAAUUGGUUGGUGAUCAUCUACCAGAAUUUUGUUUUAAGGUAACAGUUCUGAGAUAUAACAGGUAUAUUGGUAUAGGUCUUAAGUAACUUUCGAAUGCUUAUAACAAGGUUAUAUUUUAAAUACAGUUAAUGUCUAGAAUGGCUAACAACUGCAUUGUAGGGUAUGGAUUUGCUUAACAUUGCAUUUUAAUAUUGUAUAAGAAAUACUUCUUAUAUUAGUGUAUUACUGAAAUAUUUCUAUUUUAUCUGCCAGCUAAUCUCUCAUUUAGAAUAUUUUGGACUGUUACGGUGGCUUUAUGAAGGAUCACCACUUAUCUUUGUUAGCUAUUCCUAUAGUGUGUAAGAAACAUUAACUAUGUUGAUUUAUUAAGUCCCAAAGUUCAAGUUGAAAAGUAAGCUGUUAAAAUUGCUGUUGGUGUCCCAUCCAGGGUAUAGUCCUGCCUUGUGCCGUUUUUUCCAGUUUACAGUAUAUUCUGGGCUGAAACUGCCCUACUGAGGAAUAAGUAUUUAUGACAUUUGAAGAGUUGUGCUAUGUUUAAAAAAGUUAAGUACUUGAAGAAAAGAGAAAUUGCACUGCAUUGGUCUUUAGCUUAUGCAGUAUUAGAUCAUCACAGCAUCUUUGGUGAUUUACAUUACAAGAUACUAGAUGUUUAUUUAUUGAUUUUCUCUAGUGUUUUUUCGAGAUGUAGCUGUAUCACGAUAGUAUAAAAAAUAGCACUCCUUAUUUUAUAUAGUACAAUGCUAUAAAAAGUGCAAAAUCACACAAAAGACAAACCUAGUUUGCUUCAAGCGCUACCUUUCAGUACUGUCUCUAUGAAUGCAGCCAGGCAACUGAAGACCUUGCCACCUCAAAAACAAAUACUCUUCUGAACUGUUUUCACGACACACGAGGCAAGUCUGUCAGUCAUCAUCAGUCAGUCACCUCCAUGCCCUCCUCUUCUUGUGAUGUAGCGCAUCUCGGAGACUCUGCUCUCUUCCUCAACAACAGAACUUGGUGGCCCCAGGAAACCUCCUAGUUAUUAAAGGUCUUCUCUAAUUGGUUUGGAGGCUGAGGGAAUGUGCAGUCUGGCACCCUCUUAGAAAGGAUAAGUAGAGUCUUUGUUUCCUUCCACUUGAUGUCUGUUCUUCUCCACUGACAUAUACUGUAUCUGAAAAGGUUUUUUGGAGGUUUUGUCAUUAUUUUGGCAGAAAGGAUUUUAAAGUGACACAAUGUUCUUCACAACAACACCUUUAAAAUAAAAUAUGAAGAUGGAGUGACUUACUUCACAGCAGUGUAUUUCAAUUCAUAUCCAUACCUUGCAAGUGUCACCACCACUUCAGAACUGGCAAGGCUUUAAAUUUCAAGCACAUGGAAUAGUAAAACUUAGCUAAGAGAGUCCUCUCGUGUAAACAUGUGUCCACAGACUUAGCACUAGGUCAACAUAGUAACUGGUGAGGUCAUUCACCUGCUGUAGGUCUUGGUUAAAUAAAAAAAAAAUGCUGAAUUGAGUGGUGAUUCCAAAAGCGAUAUUCUGUGCUCAAUAAUAGACUGUAUGAAUGAGAAUUACUAAUGCCAUCUAUGCUGAAUAUUAACAUAUUGAUAAAAAAGUAGCAUUGCAAACUAUUUCACUAGUGUAGCUAGGGAUCCAUUCCAGUGUUAGGUCCAGGCUGCGCAUAAGAAACCAGAUAAUUAUUAGGUUAUGGUGAAUUUUAGAAUUCCCUGAUGAGAUAAAUAUUAUCUCCCACAAAUACUUGUGAAAUGGUCAAUGCCUUGUAGACUUCAAGUGUGUGUCAGGGCACAAGGUCAUUGCAAUAUCAGUGACCCCUGCGUGUUUCAUGACAUUUGCUAUGGCAUAGCCAAUCCAUAACAACGCAGACUGUGGUUGUUUCCUGUCAUCCUGCUUCAUGCAUUGAUAAACUAAAUCUAUCGAUCUAUAAAUUUGCCAGAUUAACCUUCACAGCCAUAAAACAGUUUUCACUCACAAGAUUGCAUUUUCACUGUUUAUUUCCAAAGAGUUUCAAGCUUUCAUUAACCAUUAAGAAGAUUAUGUUCAGUAUGAUAGGCAUAUAAAAAAAAACCUGCUAGUCUAGUGGAAAUCUUGAGUUUAACUAAAGUGGUCAAAACGUCCAUUGCAGAUGUAAGCUUUUAAAGUGCCCUGUGUCAGGACCAUAUGGAAAAGGAUCACUUUUUCCACAGGUGUAUGAGACACUUAUCCAUUCCUAAUGUACCCAAUGAGCAUUUUACAGUAAAUAAGGGAAUAUUCAUGAUUUCAAACAUGUUAUAACUAUGAUUAUGUUUGAUAUUUAUAUUCUGUAAUCCACAGACUGCUAAUGUGUGGGUAUCAAAUCAUGAAGCUUCUAUAUGUUGCAAGCUUUUUUUGUGAUAAAACUGUCAAAUUGUGUUACAAGUUUCAGUAUCAAUAAAAAAAAGUGUAGUUUAACUCCAAUGGAA